GUAUUUUAACUGAAUACUAAAAAAUUUCAGUGUUUGUAAUUUUUUAUGUGCCAAUGCUACUAUUAACCUAAAAAAUAUUUUAAAAAAAGUUUGUUAGAAUAUCUAGAAUUUGUGUGAUAGAUAAGAGUUUAGUUCUACAGAUUUUGACAUUCAGAGAAGGAUUCUUUGCGUGUAUGGUCAAUCCUAAAGAUAUUUUUCAACGAAAGACUCGUUUCAAGGUCAAAACGAGUCAUUUCAAAGUGGAAACAAAGCAUUCGCCGCCACGGCUUUCACGGAGAUGGUUGGACUUGCGGGCGGGGGAGGUCACUUAUAUCCCUCGCCCCCGAUGCAGCCAAAUUCUGAGUUGAGAGAAAUGACUGGAAUCACUCCAUCAGCACCAACAAGUGCUGAUGCAUGCCUUAGCAUAGUUCAUUCCCUCAUGUGUCAUCGUCAGGGUGGCGAGAGUGAAGGCUUCAGUAAGCGUGCCAUUGAAUCUCUUGUAAAGAAGCUCAAGGAAAAACGAGAUGAACUUGAUAGUUUAAUAACUGCCAUCACCACAAAUGGUGCACACCCAAGUAAAUGUGUCACUAUCCAAAGGACACUUGAUGGGCGACUUCAAGUAGCAGGAAGAAAGGGUUUCCCUCAUGUAAUAUAUGCGAGAAUAUGGCGAUGGCCAGAUUUACAUAAGAAUGAAUUAAAACAUAUAAAAUAUUGUCAGUUCGCAUUUGAUUUAAAAUGUGAUUCUGUUUGUGUUAAUCCUUACCAUUAUGAGAGAGUUGUGUCACCAGGAAUAGACCCGUUCUUUACAGACUUAUCUGGCCUAACACUUCAAUCUGGCGUUGGAGUAGGUCCUGGUGGACGACUAGUUAAAGAUGAAUAUUCCGUUGGUGGUGGUGGUGGCACUAGUACGGCAAGUGCUUCCGGUGUUGGAACUGGAAUGGAUGUUGACAAUGAAUUGAAUCAGACAAUUCAACAUCAUCCACCGCCUGCUCAGCCAACAACAUCGAAUCCAACCCCUAAUCCGCAGUUCAUUAAUCUCGCACCUUCGAAUCCAGCUGGUGGUGAAGGUAUAUAUGGAGGGGGUGGUGCGGGUAAUCCGAAUAACCCUCAUGCUAAAUUGGAAGAAAAUAAUUGUCCAAGGCAAACAUGGAUUCCUACGCCUCAUCACAUUUCCACGCGAAAUAUGCACCAUCCUGUAGUUCAUCAGUUGGGACAUCCAGUUACCACGCAACAACAAUCACUAAAUACAGCAGGAGGGAAUGGAGGCCAAAUAUUAAGCCCAACGCAAGGGCAAUCUUCAGAUCAAUUUUAUAGCACUAAUACACCUCAAGAUUUGAAUCAAGCUCCGCCAGCUGUUGAUGCAUUAACUGCGUCUUUGGGUGGAACAUCUAGUUCUCCAGUAUCUCCAGCUCAUCUUCAUCACCAAAAUGGAUUUGCUGUAGCUGCUGUAUCAAAUCCUUAUAAUACCGGGGCUCCACAAUGGACUGGUGCUAAUACUUUAACUUAUACACAAAGUAUGCAGCCACCUGAUCAUCGACAUAUGCACCCUACAUCAUAUUGGGGACAUGGUAAUGAAGUUAGUGGAGGAAAUAUUGGAGGUUUAUUAUCCACUCAACCUGCUCCCGAGUACUGGUGCUCUGUAGGAUACUUUGAACUCGAUACUCAAGUUGGAGAGACUUUCAAAGUUAGCAGUACUUGUCCAACAGUUACAAUCGAUGGUUACGUUGAUCCUAGUGGUGGUAAUAGAUUCUGUCUUGGUGCUUUGAGUAAUGUUCAUAGAACUGAUCAGAGUGAAAGAGCCAGGCUUCAUAUAGGUAAAGGUGUAGUUCUAGACUUGAGAGGUGAAGGAGAUGUGUGGUUACGAUGUCAGAGUGAACACAGUGUGUUUGUUCAAUCUUAUUAUCUUGAUAGAGAAGCUGGACGUGCUCCCGGUGAUGCCGUUCAUAAAAUAUAUCCUUCAGCGUAUAUUAAAGUGUUCGAUUUAAGACAAUGUCACAAACAAAUGAGAGGACAAGCGGCCACUGCUCAAGCUGCUGCUGCAGCACAAGCCGCUGCUGUUGCUGGUCAUCUUACUCAUGGUCAACCAAUUACAAAAAGUCUCAGUGCAGCUGCAGGUAUAGGAGUUGAUGAUUUGAGAAGACUUUGCAUUCUGCGAUUGAGUUUUGUCAAAGGUUGGGGUCCAGAUUAUCCUCGUCAAAGUAUCAAAGAAACGCCUUGUUGGAUUGAAGUACAUCUUCAUCGUGCUUUGCAAUUGUUGGAUGAGGUUCUACAUACUAUGCCAAUUGAUGGACCACGAGGUAUUGAGUGAAUAAUUUAUGCGAUAUUAAUGAAUAAUUUUCAAAAAUUAUUUUGACGUUUAAUUUCGUAAAAUGAUGGCAUAUUUAUAUGAUUAACAUAAGAUCAUGUCAUUAGACAUGUUUUACAAGUGAUACUUUGAAUUGUUUGUAUAACUAGUACAGUUUUCUUCAGAAGAAAACUGUAAUGAUUAUGAGAUAAUUCAAAAAUUAGGUAGAUAAACGUUUGAUGAAGUUAACACUCAUUAAUAAUGAUUAAUAUAUAUUUAGUGAUUAGAAUAAUAUUAAUAAUAAGAACUGAAUAAUAAAUAAUACGGCGCCAUGGCCUUGCUCUUAGACAACGUACAAAAAAAUUAUCAGGUAAACGAGGUAAAUUGGAGAAAGCGUAAAAAUACUAAUUAUUAAUGAAAGAGAGAAAUGUUAUUUUUCUCCAUGAUAAAAAAUUAUUUUUAAUGAAAAAUUAAUGGAUAAUGCUAAGUGUAUAUUUUUUAGGCGGUCAAAUGCAAUCUUGAGGUAUCAAUUAAAUUUUAAAGGAAAAAGAAAAUAGAAAAAGUCAGAGUAGGCCUGGGGCAAAUUUUUUGCAAUUAUAUUUUUUGCCCUCAAAUAAUUAUUGUUUUUGAUUGUUUAAUUUUAAAACAACAUAACAUAAUUUGUUUUGUUGACAAAGAAAUGCGAAUUUAUAAGUAAACAAUACAUGUUUUACAAGUUGUGUACGAUUAUCACAAUAUAAAAACGUUUGAAUAUUUUCGUAUUAGCAGUUAUUUAUUAAUGAUAAAUUAUCAAGUCUACAUUAAAACUAAGCUCAAUUUUUAUAAUUUAUAUCUUUUAAGUUAAAUUUUAAACGAAUUCUAAAAAAAUUUAGAAAAAAAAAAAAUGUAAAUACUCUAAGAUCUAGAAUAGUAGAUCUUGAAGUAAUUACGAUGAAAAAAAAGUUCGAGUUGAACUUUAUGCAAUGAAGCAAAAUGUUUUUUUUUUUAAGAUAUCGUUGAUUUUUUUUUUAUUAUUUUUGACAUUAUUUUUAAAUAUAAUUCAAAAAUGUAUGUAUUUUACUAAUCCAUUAUCGUUGUCAUUGAUAAAAUGAAGUCAGAAGAAUCUCAUUGGAAGACAUUAAUGACUUCAUUUUUUACUCAAUUAGUUUUUUUUUCAUCAUUUAUUGAAAAUGUUAUACAAUAAUAUUUAAUGUUUAUGACCCAAUGUCUCAUAGUAAUUAUAGAUACAAAAAAAAUAUAUAUAUUAUAUUUGAUAAGUAUUAUAAUUAUAUCCAAUAAUUAAUUAAUUAUUGAAAACAAUAGGAGAGAGCGAGAAUGGGUUGACCAAAAUUAAAUAUCCAAUUAUGAAAUAUGAAUUAACUAUAGCCUUUAGAAUUUAGCUCAGAUUUGUUUGUGUUUUAAGUAGAUUCGAGUUAAAUAAUGAAUGUAAGAGUGAUAAACAAUUUUAUAGUUUUUUUUCUUUAUUUUAUUUAAUCUUUAUUAUUGAUAAAUGAAAUAUUAUUACAGAUUGACUAAUUGAUUUUUAUUAAUUACACACAUGAAUAUGUGCAGUGUUUUAACUGAGUGAAGAUUAUUAGAUAUUUUAUCAUUUUUAUUAUUAAUUUUAUUAUUAUUCUUUUAAGCAUAUGUA